UCCUUCAUUCGUUUUUUUGGUUUUACAUGAUGGCGACUAGCGGUGAUGUCUCGGGGUACGAACGGGAUGGGGAUCUGGAGCGUAUCUACAAUCUGGCGGACGGUGUGAGGGUUUGGACUGAGGUCCUAUAGGAUCCGAAGCGUUUUUUAGUGCUGGCACUGGACUCAGACAUUGAGAUUCGCCACGUAAUGUUUCAAGAGAGUCGAGAGGCGCUACUCGUGGAGUAUGUGGACCAUCGUUACGGUGGGGAAAACGCGCAUUCGCCGAAUCAAGUGGGAGAGCGUGGGUACCCGUGCUUGACGGGUAUGGAGAGUGACGAGGAGGGCAAGGGGACGCCUUUGCUUUCUGAGGCGAUGAAGGAGGAGGACGAUGGAGUGUUUCUUGAAAAGCUUCAUGAGAACUUACCUCCAUUGAAGGAGGUGGUGGUGGCGUUUUUGAAAGGGGUUGUUCGUGGGGUGUCAGGGGUGGAUUAAAAGCGGUGGAAUCCCAAACUGACCUUCAUGCCCAUGUCUCGCCAAAACCUGAAGUACUCUCCCGACCAAAAAAAGACGCUGGUAUCCCACUAAAUAUUAUAAUCCUCGGCAUGGACGGAAACUCAAACGCAAACGUUCAGCGACUUCUUCCGGACACAUACAAAUUCCUGCAGGACGAGCUCAAGGCUUCUAUAUGUAAAGGGUUUUCCCUGCUUGGAGAGGCGACAACGCCUCAACUUACUGGACUUUUAACCGGGAAAACUGUGGAGGAAAACUGCGCGAAGCAUGAGGCGAGGAAGGGCGUUACAUUUGAUGGGACUGUGGAUCCUUGGCCAUUUGUAUUUAAGGAUUUGAAGCAGCAUGGUUACGUCACAAUGUUCAUUGGGGCGUUCAACCUUCGCCUGAACGGCUUCACGAAUCAGCCAACCGACCACUACGGGCAUUACUUCUGGUGGGCGGCGCCCAUGGACGCGGAACUCGGCGUCCACUCGAACUGCAUUAAUGCGCAGGCGCAGCACGUGAUUCAGCUCAAGUACCUUCGCAGCCUUAUCACGGCAUACCCAAACACGCCCAAAUUUUGAUUCACAUUCUUGGGAAGCCUUUGUCAUCAGCAUCUUAAUAUGGUCAGCAGUGGUGCACGGGAUAUUCACCAGUUUUUGAAGUCUUUGCAUUCGGAUGGAUUAUUAAACGAUACUCUGCUAAUUGUGAUGGGGGACCACGGGGCGAGGUUUGAUUCGAUUCGCGCCACGCUGCAAGGGAAGCAAGAAGAGCGCCUGCCAUUCUUAUCCAUGGCGUUUCCUGAUUGGUUCCGCGUAAAGUAUCCAAAGUUCAGCUCAAAUUUGGCGGAGAACACUCAACGGAUUAUUUCGCCUCUCGAUGUACAUGCCACAUUCAUGCAUAUACUCAAGUAUCCACACAAUCCAUCGAAAUCCGAUCUUACGAGAGGUACAAGCCUUUUCGAGCACAUCCCUGAAAGCCGUGAAUGCAUUCACGCCGGGAUCCCUGAUCAUUUUUGUCCGUGCGUGAUCUGGAAACCAGUUCCUACUGCGCAUCCUCAUGUUCAACUUGGCGCGCAUCUGACCCUGCACCAAAUUAACAAACUGCUGACCCAAAGAAACGAGGUCAAGUCACUCUGUCACGGACUUGAACUUGACCAGAUUUUAAAUGCUGUGCAGGAAUUGCCGAAUAAGAAAAUGGUACUAUUUAAUGGAAUUAAGGACGGCGCUGGUUUGGGGGCUGGUACUCCAAUGUUUAUAGACGAUUCAGAGGAGCAACAAUCUAAGUGUAACUAUCAGAUUCAGCUCCGUGUUCGGCCUAGUAUGGCCCUUUUUGAGUCGAGUGUCCGGUUAGAGAAUAGACGCCUGACUCUAGACUCGGACAUCAGCAGAGUGAAUAGAUACGGAACGCAGUCGGAUUGUGUCAAACAAUCGCAUCCGUUUUUACGAAAAUUCUGCUUAUGCAGGCAUUGAUAGUAUGUUUUAGGGCUAUAUAGAAUUAAAAGAAUGUAUUAAGACUUUUAGAAAAAUAAUAUUUUUAUAAAAAAAAACUAGAAUUUUCAAACAGGAAUUGAAUAUUUAUGGAAAUCUCAAAACCCAAAUUUAAUAUCCCAUGUUAUUUGUGGGAUUCCGUUAUCUAAAUUUGCUUCCAAAUUAAAAAUCCAUUUUUUUCUACC